UAGGGUUUAUUGGUGAUGGGACGGUCCGAAGCGGAGAUUUUGGAUGUUUUAGCGCGGCUGCGGGCGCUCCAGUCGAUCCCAUGGCGCUGCCUGAGCUCCCUGGAAGGUCGCAGGGGAAUCGCGGCACUGGCCACGCUUGUAGGGGGCGGAUUGAUGGGCGCACUGAUGUUGGUGAGGGCUUUGCCGCAAUGGAUCCGGGGCAGCCAUGGCGCUCACCAGCGGGAGCUCACGGUCCCAGGGCUGCAAAAUUCCGGGAACAAUUGCUUCUUGAACGCGAUCCUCCAGGCCCUUGCUAGCUCCCAGAAGUUUGCUGCGUAUUUGAGAGCGUAUGAAAACCUGGAGGGUGAUGAGCGGGAGCCUUCCAUGCCUCUCUCAUCUGCUCUUUGCGAAUUGCUAGAAGAACUUGGGGAAGUGGCACCCGGACACCGCAUAGUCAGUCCUCGUCAGGUCAUGCGUGUACUCGGGCAUUACGCUCGGAGCUUUGAUCUUGGCAUGCAACAGGACGCUGCGGAGGCAUUGUCAUAUCUUGCAGCAGCCCUUCAACACGAGCGAAUGGAAGAUUUUGAGGAGUAUAGGCCGACUUUGCAGUCCCUGGCAGAUGUUUCUGCGUUGUCAAGGCAGAUGGAAAGCCUUAUCCAUACUGAUGAUUUUCAGAGCAAGCUUGCCUUGAACUACUGGCGCCAGCAACUUCGAUGGCCCAUGGAAGGCACAUACGGAAGCUCCAUCAUAUGUUCACAAUGCGGUUUCCAGGGUUCUAUGCAGUUUCAUUUUUUCACAGACGUUUCUCUUGCUCUUCCGCAGUCUGUAGGCGGAUAUAUUAGGAAAGCAUGUACCAUAGAAGAUUGUCUUGACCAGUUCACCAUGCUAGAGCGGGUUUCGAAUUUCAAAUGCAGUCGGUGUGCUCAUCUUGCUGCUGCCUGCUUCUUAUCUCGGAGGCCAGAAGACAACAAGGACCUUUUGAAGACGCUUGAUAGCUGCGAUUAUGACGACUGCGUCUGUGAGACGCUUGUCAAGGAACGAGACGGACUGUGGAUUAAAAUACAAGGCGAUGCAUACAAGAGCUUACAAUUCGGUCGUUGUCCCGAGGUUUUGUGUUUGCAUCUGCAACGAGUCAUUGUAAAUGCUUCUGGCCAUCUUGAGAAGCUUUUGGACCAUAUCUCGUUUUCUACGACGCUGGACUUGUCGCCUUUUACGAUCGCUUCGAAACAAACUCCGACGAGGAAAGAUAGCGCUGAGAUCGAUCCAAGAGUGUUUAAAACGGCAAUGCUACCCGUUUUAAGAGCACUGGGUUCCACAGGUCUGAAGUCCAUUCACGGCGACUUCGACGCCAACGCCAGGUGUAUCGGAGGAGCCGGGGAGCUGGGACAAGCCAGUCCCUGCAAUCAGAUUGUGGAAGACAAGCAUGACGAGGUGGCCAGCACAAAGGCAAAGAACGAAGUGGAUAGCCACGAUCCAAAUCCAGUUGUGGCCUCCAAAACUGAAGAACGACAUAAAGGCGUGAAGAGGCUAUAUGAUCUCAUCUCUGUCGUGGUUCACCAGGGCAGCCCAAUGUCUGGUCACUACACCGUCUACCGCAAGGUGAAGGUUCCUCGCCAUCAAAUCGAGAUGCUGGACGGGCAACGAUCGAACUUCACAGACACCACUCCGGAAAAAUGUGAAGCGGGGGAGGAGAUGAAACAGGGCGAUGUGAAAAUCGCGCGAGAAGAGACCAUGUGGUUUGCGAUAUCCGAUGCUGAUGUCGUCAAAGUCUCGGAGGAAGAAGUGCUAGAGGCGAGAGCGACGCUACUCUUCUACGAGCUCCAAUAACUUCAGCUGAAAGGCCGUUGGCGAUUAGGCCGCAAAAUCACGAGAACACCACUUCAAUUUUGAUUCGGGCGCUGCGAGCACCCUGUGUGAACAAAAAAAAAAGAGAAACGAAAGAACCUAUGCCUCGAC